UUGGAAUGAACUUAAACUUAAUAUUGCAAUUAAAGAUUAUAAUGACAAAAAAUAUAAACAAGCCUUUGAAAGCUUUUAUGAUUUUGUUACCACACCCCGUAGUGAAUCUAAAAAACCUAGUGAUAUUAAAAUCAUUGGCCUGGCCACAUAUUAUAUGGCACUUUAUAUAAAACAAGCUAUAGGUGUCGCAGAAUAUCUUCAUAAAUAUGAAAAGUAUGAGGACGCUUGGAAUAUUUAUUCAGAAUUAGCCAAGGCAGAUAAUAUUAAAUUAAAUGCAUUAAAACGAAUGGCAAAUUAUUAUAACAAUGGAUAUGUCAAAAAGGAUGAAAGGCUUAUCUUUGAAAUUGCAUUAGAAUUAUACAGUAAAAAACAAUAUAAAGAUGCAUAUAAUAUUUUUUUGAAACUUACCAACAGUAAUGACAGUGAAAUUAAAUUAAUUACUACAUGUUUUAAAGCAUCUUAUUAUAUUACAGGGUAUAAUGAU